UCGUCUAUCGUACACCUUUUUUCACGUUAAGGCCAACCACGUCAUUAUCACCGUAUCUCCGCAUUUGACCGAUUUCCAGUAAUGCCCUUUUUUAGAUGAAUGAGUUCAUCUCUGGGAUUUUACUCUGAGAGCUUGAAGAAUAUCGGGAAACUGGCUGUAUCACCAGAGACUCUGACCUGAACUGUCAUUUUGUAUGUGAUAGAUAGCGGUAUACUUUGUAUGCUGUAGCGUGUGCUGUACAUUUACAUGUAUCAAACUGCUGGUAUAUGACUACUCACUGAUAGGUGGCUUUUACCUUAACUUAUCAUUAAUUGAUUAUCAGGCAAACUUGACCUUAAGUCCUGUCUGUGUGCUAUUGGCCUAUUACUGAGAAAUUACUCAUGAACUGGGACAGAGCCACAUGGAAUGACGACAUGAGUUGGUAAUUAAAUUUAAGAUUUAUAUAUUUACUAGUACAAAUUGACUGUGAUCCGAAACAACUAAUUUUGACUUCAGCUGCUGACAGCCAACUUGUCUUCAUCAACUUUGAGGUGUCUUCCAAAUUUGUUUUAAGAAUAAUUAGAAGCGAUAAUUAGGGAAAUAUGGUUCAGUCAUGGCGAGGAAUUCUAACGCAGGGUCUUUUGAUUCUGAAUUUGAUUCUGGGAAGCUUUGCUGAUGUCUUCUUGAAUCAGUGGGCAGUGGAAGUACCAGGAGGGCACGGAGCUGCUGACGCAUUGGCAAAUGAAUUGGGAUUUAUCAACAAGGGCCAGAUUGGGUCCAUCGAGAACCAUUAUGAGUUUCUUCACCACGGUAUUGAGAAACGGUCCACAUCAUCCAGCCACCAUCACCAUCAAGCCUUAGUCACACACCCACAGAUCACCUGGGCUGAACAACAGGUCGCCAAGAAAAGAGUCAAGAGAGAUUUCCGACCAAAAGGGCCCCCAAUCAGUUUUAAAGAUCCUCUUUAUCCUAGCCAGUGGUAUCUGCUUUUUGGCGCUAAGGGCGGUUUUGAUAUGAAUGUUGUACCAGCAUGGCAGAGGGGCUAUACUGGCCAGGGUGUGGUCGUCACAAUCCUCGAUGACGGCCUUGAGACGAAUCAUGAUGACUUAAAGAAAAAUUAUGAUCCUCGAGCCAGUUUUGAUAUAAAUUCAGAGGAUGGUGAUCCAAUGCCACGAUAUGAUUCCGGUGAUGAAAACAGGCAUGGUACCAGGUGUGCGGGAGAGGUGGCAGCACAAGCAAACAAUUCAAAGUGCGGUGUCGGAAUCGCCUAUAAUGCCAGGAUCGGUGGUGUAAGAAUGUUAGACGGUGAUGUUAGCGACAUUGUUGAGGCCAGGUCUCUUAGCCUUCAGCCAGAUUACAUCGAUAUCUACUCGGCCAGCUGGGGGCCUGAUGACAAUGGGAUGGUAGUGGACGGACCAGCUAAGUUGGCAAAGCAAGCGUUCUUAGAUGGUGUAACAAAGGGUCGGAACAACAAAGGCUCAAUCUUUGUGUGGGCGUCGGGCAAUGGAGGAAGCAGUCACGACUCCUGUAACUGUGAUGGCUACACGAACAGCAUCUACACCCUAUCUAUAAGCAGCGUCUCGGAGAUGAACAAAGAACCAUGGUAUCUGGAAGAAUGUUCAUCGACGUUGGCGUCGACUUACAGUAGCGGCGACACCUACAAAGAGAAGCAGAUCGUGACGACUGAUUUACAUAAUGGUUGUACGGAGUCACAUACUGGCACGUCCGCCUCCGCACCUUUGGCGGCUGCGAUAUGCGCCCUGGCACUUGAGGCAAAUCCGGAUAUGACUUGGCGUGACAUGCAGUACAUAACAUUAAUGACAGCUCGACCUCAACCAAUGGCUGCCGACCCUAACUGGGUCACAAAUGGGCUUGGAAGAAAAGUUAGUUUGAAGUAUGGUUAUGGUCUGAUGGAUGCUGACGCCAUGGUCCGUAUGGCUGAAGUCUGGACACCUGUCCCUGAACAACACAUGUGUGAGACAUCCAAAGAUGGUGAUUACAAGGCCAUCGAAGGUAGAGGGAUAGAGGUGACUGUCACGACCACGGGUUGCCUUGGUGACCACAAACAUACCAUACGACACCUUGAACAUGUGCAAGUCCGCGCGUCCAUAAGUUACGAUCACCGUGGCGACCUGAUCCUCCAUCUUGUCUCCCCCAACGGAACACGUUCAACGCUGCUACCAAAGCGGCCAAGUGAUUACAAAAGUGAUAAGUUUGAAGACUGGCCGUUCAUGUCCGUCCACUUUUGGGGUGAGAGUCCUGUGGGUGAAUGGAAGUUUGUCGUAGAGAAUGGAGGCCCUGCCACAAACACUGGUUCUCUGGUGUCGUGGCAACUCAUCAUGUAUGGUACGGCCGAGCAACCCGUUAGAGUAAAGAGGAGGAAAGCCACCACGGAACCGCCUAAGAAUGGUCAGCAGAAUCAUGGUCGCGGCUCUUCGCAGCAGCCAUUGAGCACCAAGGCACAGACGAGUGAUGUAACUCGGACCACCAGUAGCUACUAUGAUCCUGAUUAUAGCUAUAAUUAUGAACAGGCUGGACCGGAGCAAGUUACCACUUCGCCAACCAAGCCUGGUGAAGUGUGUGAUCCUCAGUGUCGCAGUGGGUGUGUGGGUCCUAAGCCUGAAGACUGCCAGGAGUGCCUGCACUACAGGAGAGGCCAACACGGACCAUGCGUGUUAAGCUGUCAUUCUGGAGAGUAUGCCGAUGAGACAAACGUGUGCCAUAAGUGCCAUUCGACCUGCAGUACGUGUGAGCAGAAAGGUCCCGAGGGCUGUCUCACCUGUCAGCAAGGUUACUUCCUCGUACAAGAUCAGCAAGUUUGUGUCGCUCAGUGUCCUGAUGGAUACUAUGCUGAUCAAGCUGAUGGCCUAUGUUUUCCCUGUGAUGAUAACUGCGUUACGUGUAGCAGUGAAGGCGAUGUUUGUACUGCUUGCAGUGAAGGAAUGACGUUGAGAAACCACAAGUGCCUCCUCGAGUGCAAGCCAAACCAAUAUAAAGAUCAAACUGGAAUAUGUCAGAUGUGUCAUAUAUCAUGUGAUUCCUGUAGUGGCCCAUCCAUGUAUGAUUGUGUCCGGUGUCCUGGUGGUGUAUUCUUCAAAAACGGAACAUGCAUCCAUGAAUGUGGCUUAUUUUUCUACGCCGACACUCAACUUUGGGAGUGUAACAGUUGUGACCCUAGCUGUCUGCGCUGCCUUGGCCCCCAGGCAAAUCAGUGCACAAGGUGUUCUGAUGACUUCAGGCUGGUGAAUAACGGCUGUACCAAUAAGGAUGUUGCAUGUGAUGAGGAUGAAUUUAAGACUAAGGAUGGUUACUGUAAGAAAUGUCAUCAAACGUGCAAGACUUGUUCUGGAGAAAGUGAUGGUGACUGUAUCUCUUGCACCUCUGAAAGGAUUUUCUAUGAAAAUCAGUGUGUUACCAAGUGUAGAGCAGGUUACUAUACCUACGUUGCCAGUGCCAUUGAUGCAUCAACAACCAAGGAAUGCCGAGAAUGCCAUCGUAAUUGCCGUUUGUGUAAAGGUGGAGGGGCAAAGGACUGCACAGCGUGUGAACAUGGCAUGGUGCUAGUGAAUGGUGAAUGCAGCACAACAUGUCCUGAAGGUCAAUUCAAGGAUCAAAGCAAUAAGUGUACAUCAUGUGAUGCCAGUUGUUUAGAGUGUACGGGCCCCGGUAUGGGAGACUGCAUAAAGUGCCCCAUGCCUGUGCUCCUCUACAAUGGACGAUGUCAGUCCUCAUCGUGCCCGACAGGUUAUUACAUGUCCCAUGGUGAAUGUGGCCGAUGUCAUCAUACAUGUAAAACAUGCACAGAUGGCGGUCCAAGUAAUUGCUUGACCUGCGAGGAAGGUUACAUUGUCUACCGAGGUUUUUGUAUGAAGGCCCCAACAUGUGCUGUUGGCAGUUUCUUCAAUGUUGCCAAGAGGGAGUGUCAGCUAUGUAACAAAACCUGCCGCACGUGUCGCGGCCCGGGACCGACAAACUGCACGUCUUGUGAGAAACCUUACAUCCAAAACAAACAGAAUAGUGAAUGUACUCUCUGCUGUUCCGAGACACACAGGAAAGAUUGCUGUACCUGCCACCUUGAAACAGGUAUAUGUGUUGAUGACAGAAAUAUAGAACGACCAGGAUCAGAUACAAACAGUUUUAAAGAUAGUGGAGGUUUGAGUUUUCAACAUGUAACCUUGUCCUCUGUCGCGGCCUCAACCUUUGGGUUGGUAACCUUGGCAACCUUAAGUUGUAUAUUCAUUGUUGUGUUAUUCUUCGUUACUUUUGGCCUACUUCAGGCAUACACCAAUGGAAAUUUAUGUUUCACGCAAAAAGUUGCAUAUCAAAAACUGCCCACUGUUUAUGAUCAUAAAACUGAUCGAAUCCUUCUAAAUAGGGAGGACUUUGAGGAUGAAGAUGAAGAAGAUUUAUAUUCUGUAAAAAGUAGUCCAAAUCAUACAGAGGAACUCUCCUCAAAUAAUCAUCAUAGGGACGACUCGAGAAAUCAUAAUAACAAACGCAAUGGGAAUCAUUUAGGAGCAAAUCAUGUUGAUUUGAGCGAAAAUAGUUAUAGCGAUGAUGUCACGAACCAUAUCAAAUGAUGUUCAAUACUCUUGUAAUAAUUGCUUAUAUCAGAGAAAUUGUGAUAGGGGGCUGUCAAUUUAAUAUGUAUGCAGAUAGCGUUUGAGUUAUAGCUGCUCUUUUGCUUGUUAUUUUAACUCUUCCCCUGCCAGUCGGGAUGCCAAAUAUUUGCUCACAGCCCUCUUGAGAGAAACAUGGGUUGGUUUAUAGCCUGACCUCGAGCAUCACAAGGUUGCAGCAUUCCCACAUUGCCACCCGCACCAAAGACAUUUUGGAUAUCUGCUGUUUUAUACUAAGGUUUACUUAGCUACAGUGGAACCUCCCUUAGUGAACACCUCUCUAUUAAGGACACCCUCUAUAUUGAGAACAUUCAUUUGGUACCAAAAUGGUAUUUUCAAGAGAAUUUAACCCUUUUGAUCAGGACACCUCUCAUAUAAGGACAGCAUUUGUCUGUCCCAAGAGCAUCCUUAGUAGAUGGGGAUUACUGUAGCCUAAGCUCAAGGUUGGUGUUGUGCAUACACAGUUUAAAAAUUGACGGUCCCUAUGUUAGUGAUAGCCCCUCCUUCCACAGAUUGUAGAAGCCUGUCAUCUGUUUAUGUCAUGUCCUCUUCCUCACUGCCAAGAUGAAUUCACUGUUGACUUAAUACUGUGAACCUUUAGUAACAAAAAGCCUAAGGACGGUCUAGAAGAUGUAUGGUUCCUCAAAAGAUAUAAUUAAUUACAUCAACCAGAUAUUGUAAUGUUUAAGAAAUUGAUACCGAAUUGGAGGAAUUGGUUGUCUCACCAAACACUGCAAGUGUAGAGCUACAUGUAGACUGGAGCCGAGGUUUUGAGCAAAGUGUCAUCUCCAGUUGGCCUGCUUGAAACAAGUAAAAGCAAUAUGUCUUUUGAAUGCUAUUUGGUUGACAGUAUGAGUGAAACUCUGCUUUGACAAUCUGUUUUGUAUCAGAACGGUAUUAUCACUCAGCGUACCUUCAUUUCAUAUUGCCAUUCUGCUUGAAUUGCAUUCAUUGUGCUUGCCCGAGAUGCUCGAAUUAGUAUUCUUGUUUUCAAUAAAUUUACAACUUCACCGACACUGAAAAUGCUCUGUAUGAAUGACUUAGUUGGCAAUUGCUACUGCAUUUAAGGAAUUUGCUGGUAUAUAUGAGGAGGUUCAUCUCAAAUGCGAUAUGUGUCAUGGCAUUGUCCAUGUGAUAAAUGAUCUGUCCUUAAAUUUCACAGCAUUCGGGCCCACAGUAAAACUUUUUUGACAAAAAUGUCCAAAAUUUUCCAAAGCACUUUUUCACAAAGUUCCUAACAUUGAAGCGAAAACGAACAAAUCUCAUUUUGCGAUGAAUCUCUUCACAUGUACACAUAUAAGGUCUCUUGCGCACAUAUUGGCCUUAUUGACAUAUGAUUGAUGAAAAAAUCACCAAGGAAAUUUUUAAGUCUCGACUCGGUAGAACUGCUUAUGUUAGUUGAUGAAUAAGGUGCUAUCAUAUUAUCAUAUAUCAAGAUUUUGCAAUGGUGAUGCCAAAUGUUUGUGAAUAGUUUUCAGUUUCUUUAUUUCCUUGUACAGGAUGACCAUAAAAGCCAUAAAAGAUCAACUUUAACUCAUAAAUAUUGCAACUUCGUUUUCCAAACUGUAGGGAAUUCUUGGUGGAAUUCAUCAACCCUCCUUGAGGGCUGAAAUAUAAAGCUGGCAGUUGCGCCCUUUACUAUACUCCAUUGCAUAAAAAAUGGCACUUUAAUUUUCGGUAAUUUCACCCAGAAAAUGAAAUGUUUGAAUUAAAUGUUAUAUUUCAUCUAAAACUUCAAAGUCCAAAGUAUCUAAAAAUACUUACUUUGCCAACAACCAAGAACAAGCGAGUGAAAUACUGACAGCUUUUCCCAACAAUUUUCAGCUUUGUUUUAUCGUGCAGUGCCUUUUUUUCAUGAAGUGGAGUAUAAAGACUUUAUGACAUGGUCAUGGCGUUUUCCUGAUGAACAUUUCUUGAUACUUAGUUGCAUAUAUACUCUUAUUUGUAUCACUAUUAUCAAUGCUUCUCAGUCUUUGUUGUGCUGCAUUAUGUAAAAUUUAAGAGAUUUCAGAAAGGCUAUGAACUUUUGUGAAAAAUGCAUUUCUGUCCAAUGAAUUUAAAAAUGGAAAAAGUAGAACAUUUUCAUAUUUUCAUAUGAAAGCCAACCACAACAGGUUGAUUUUAUACGAAAAUGGCUGAAAUGGGUGAAAAAUUAUCUUCAGAUGAACGAAUAGAACCUGAAGGGCGGGGUUUCUUGAACAAUUUUUUAUUUCUAACUGCCAUCCAGCAAUUUCCAUAACUCCAACGAAUGAAACCAAAAGUAGUUGCAAGAGUCACAUUUUAUUCCAUGAUUGUUAAGUGAUUGGUUAGUGCUUGCAUGGUGUAUGUUGAUAGAAUCCAUGAUUUUGCUGGAAAGUUUUAUACUAAUGAACGAAAUCAAUAUAUUUUUAAUAAAAAUAUCAAAUCAAUCAUUCAGUA